AUGGCAAUUAAGGACUAUGGUGAACUCCUGGAUAGUGAGAAUAUCAUCAGGAAUAAAAAAAAACUCGAAAAACUCCAGGAUUCUACAUCACUGGUGAUCGGCCUAGGUGCAGGAAUUUUACAGUUUGAAUCCCUUCAAGGGUUUUACAUGUUUAUUGGUAGUUAUAUUUUGAUUGGAGUUUUGUUUAGUAUAUGGGUAUGUCAAUGCAAACCAAGUCAAUUUUUCCAAAGUCCAGUACAAGAGAUAUUUUUCCAAUCAUUCUUUAGAGAGUUGACAGGGUUUGUAAUGUCAUGGACAUUUUCGUAUGCUUUAAUAGGAUAA